GGGGCGAAAGGCUUGUCGGACAGGGACCUUUGUGGUAAACGCCUUCAGAAGACCGUUGACAGGCGCUAGCUAUUAGCUGUUAGCUGUUAGUUUCGAUGGCAACCGUGGCGGAGUUGAAGUGUGCACUGAAGGAGGCGCUAGAGCGGCGCGGAGCUCUCGGAGCGCUGAGAGCUCGGCUUCGAGCCGAAGUUUUCACCGCGUUAGACGACCAAAGCGAACCGCGUCCUCCGCUGUCUCACGAGAAUCUGCUAAUAAAUGAGCUGAUACGCGAGUAUCUGGAGUUCAAUAAGUACCGAUACACACUGUCGGUUUUGACUGCCGAAUCAGGCCAACCAGAAGUUCCCCUGGACCGGCAGUUUUUAGCAAGUCAACUGAAUGUUGUAGAAGACCCUACUUCUAGGACAGUUCCUCUACUCUAUGGCCUGGUUUCCCAUUUCCUGAGCAGUGGUGAUGAGAGAAAACUGUACCUCAGGACUGCUUCCACACCUCUCAGUCCAGACUCCUCCAAACCACUCCCCCACUGACUGAUAGUAUUUGAAGAACCCUCACUAAGGAGAAGGAUGCACUACCAGCACUCAAAGCACAAGAAAAAUAAUUGUGGUUUGCAUGUUAAAGUGGCCAAAGAACAUUUGGUGUUUUACUGUCUCUUUUUGUAAUUUUACUGUGUAUUAGGUUCACUGAUUGAUGGUAAAAAGCAGUUUUACAUUUUGUUCAGGAGUCUCAUUGGAGACACUUGUGUAAUUAGCCAGUGUCCUGCCCACACUUUAUCCAUCAUCAGUAGUUGGUAAGUCUAGAGAUCUUUGUAGUCAUGGCUAUGUUCACCUGCUCAGCAGGGUAUGAAUAAUCCUGUUUCUUUUUUUACUUGCACAUUAAAAUAUAAAGUUUUGAACUAUUUUAUUGUUUUAAUGCUUAAUAUAUAGACAUUCAAAUGCAAAAUGACUGCAUAAUAAUAAGGCAUGUGCAUGACCACAUGGUGGCAGUAGCUAGCAGGUUGACUGGCUUAAUGAUUUAUGCAGAUCCAUCUCAAUCCAUCUCAAAUAUUUAACUUACUGGAAUGUUAGAUUGCACUUGUGACAUAUUAAAAUAUUUCUGUAUUUGCCAAAUUUUAA